ACUCUCCGUCAUUCUUCGGAUAGUCGCGCGAGGUCAAAAACGGGUCGAAAGAGCAUCCGAAAACUCUGUCGUCAUUCUUCCAACCUCUUGGCGAUAGGGUCUAGAUUUUGCAUCAAGCAAAAUGGAGGUUAACAUCCCGGGAAUUAUUGCGGUUAUUGUUUUCUACCUGGUGAUUUUGGCCAUCGGGUUGUGGGCGGCGCGUCGCGGGGCGAAGAAGGAGGCGGAGGCCGAGGGCGCCCCGGAGAGCGAGCAGGUCAUCCUGGCCGGACGGGACAUCGGAGUUGUCAUUGGGAUAAUGACCAUGACUGCCACGUGGGUGGGAGGAGGCUACAUCAAUGGAACAGCGGAAGUGAUCUUUGACCCCAAGCAAGGGCUCAUCUGGUGCCAAGCUCCAUUCGGAUACUCCACUAGCCUCCUUCUGGGAGGACUUCUGUUCGCCAAGAAGAUGCGUUCUGAAGGGUACGUGACGAUGUUGGACCCGUUCCAGCAGCGGUACGGAGAGAGGAUGGGCGGGCUGCUCUUCAUCCCCGCCCUGCUGGCUGACGUCUGCUGGUGCGGCUCCAUCCUGGCUGCUCUCGGCACGACCUUGACUGUCAUCCUUGGACUGGACGUCAACGUGUCAAUCAUCAUAUCAGCCGCCAUCGCCGUUUCCUACACGCUUUUCGGGGGACUGUUCUCUGUCAUCUACACUGACAUCAUCCAGCUGAUUUGCAUAUUCAUCGGACUGUGGAUUUCCGUCCCAUUUGCCAUAACCAACCCCCUGGUGUCCAACAUCGGGAACACCACGUGGACUCGGAUCUUGUACACACCUAUCAACGAUUCGUCCGUGAACGUCACAAGCUUCAACGAGACAGAGACGUACGGCUGGUACGGCGAAUGGGACAUGAAGAGAUCCGGAUAUUGGAUAGACCAUGCCUUGCUGCUGGUGUUUGGUGGUAUUCCGUGGCAAGCCUACUUCCAACGUGUCCUCUCCUCCAAGUCUCCUGCGCGUGCGCAGUGGCUGUCCAUCGCAGCAGGCAUUGGUUGUUUCCUGAUGUCCAUCCCUUCUGUACUGAUCGGUGCUAUUGGUGCUUCUACAGACUGGCCUGCGACGACAUACGGUAAAGACCCAGCCAUUGAGGGAGAGAAAAGGAUGAUACUCCCGUUGGUCAUACAGCACUUGACCCCGACGUGGGUGGCGUUCCUCGGACUCGGUGCCGUGUCAGCUGCCGUCAUGUCGUCCACGGACUCCUCGGUCCUGGCCUCGAGCUCCAUGUUUGCCAAGAACGUCUACAAGCCCCUCUUCAGGCAAAAGGCGUCGGAGACAGAGAUAGUGUGGGUGAUGCGUGCUGCCAUCUUUGUUGUGGCUGCCUUGGCUUCUGUUCUUGCCAUCACUGUCAAGUCCGUUUACGGACUGUUUGUGCUGUGCUCGGACUUGGUGUACGUAGUCGUCUUCCCCCAGCUGGUGUCCGUGGUGUACCUGAAGUUCACCAACACGUACGGCUCGCUGUGUGGUUACAUCAUCGGGCUGGUGCUUCGGCUCGGAGGCGGAGAAGAUCUUCUGCAUGUUCCAGCCGUCAUCAAGUACCCAUAUUACGACGAGACGACAGGAAAGCAGCUCUUCCCCUUCCGGACCCUGGACAUGAUCUGCAGCUUCCUGACGAUCAUCCUCGUCUCACACUUAGCGCGCCUGCUCUUCCUCAAGGGGAAGAUUCCGAUGAAGUACGACAUCGCGGGAUGCUUCCACACAGCGGAAGAAAAGCAGGCACCUACCAGAGAAUCAAACACGGCUAACGGGAAGAGUACUGGGGAACACCAUGAACUAGAGACCAUGAAUUGAAUAUAUGAUUCUAAAUGUAUUCGACCUUAUAGGUGAUGAGAACAACACAAAGGAUACAUACAUUUUCACUAUUUAUACCAUUACCCACUGAGAUGUAAUGUAGAUCAUGCCUUGAUGACAAUUGUGUCGAUGACAUAUUCGCGCGUGCAUUUAUACCUGUUAAUUGCUUAGCUUCAUAACUUCGUAAUAUCGUUAUUUUUGUUGCCGCUUUGUCGUGUGUUUACAUUAUUAGAGCAACUGUGCUUUUGCGUUGUUAUUGGCUUUCUAUUAUUAUAAUAAAGGAUUU